AUGACCCGCAUCACUGUCAUUGGCGCGACUGGCAACCAGGGCGGCUCUAUCGCCCGUUCUCUUCUCCAAAAUCCCUCCUUCCAGGUCCGAGCUAUCACCCGGAAUUCCUCUUCAUCUGCUAGCCAAAAAUUGAGCGCAGCUGGGGCUGAGGUCUUCCAAGCGGAUGGCUUUAAUCCCGAAGAGAUGCGCGCCGCUUUUGCGGACACCUGGGGGGCAUUUAUCAACAUCAAUUCAGACGACAAAGUAUUCACCAUUCCUGACGGUCCUAACGAGUAUGAUAUGGGCAAAACUAUGGUCGAUGCCGCAGCCCAGGCUGGUGUCAAGCAUUUGGUGUUUAGCUCUGCGGCCUCAUGCACCGAAAUGACUGGUGGUAAGGUGCAAAUGAAGGCGAUGGAUAUGAAAAAUAAGAUUGAAAAGUAUGCCCAGCAAUGCGGCCACUUUGAAACUUUCAUCCCAAUCGGCGCUGGAUGGUUCUUUGAGAAUUUCCUGUCCAAGGAGGCUGCCCCCGUUUUCGGCGGUUUCCCCCAUUUCUCGAAUGCUGAGGGUAUUAGGACCUUCCGUGUGCCCUACUGGGGUGGCGAGGAGCGAGUGCCCUUCUUGAGCAUUUCUGAUGAUUUUGGGGAUAUCGUUCAGGGCAUAUUCCUGGAGCCUACGCGAUGGAACGGUCAUUUUGUGCACGGCAUCAGCGCCAUCCGGAGUUUUAGCCAGCUGGUGGAGCAAUUUGAGCAAGUCACUGGGCAUAAAUCCCGCCUGGAUCCAAUCCUACCUUCUUGGGAAGCGUUCGAUACGCACGGAAUUCACGAGUUGGAGGAUGUCAAGCUCAUGUUCGGCUUCACUCAAACGACCGGUGGAUUGUACUUUGCCACCCCAAGUGAGAAUGACACGGCAGCAGUGUUGAAGAAGGUUACUGGGCAGGCGUUGGGACGACCAGUAGAUCAGCAGGAGUUAGUGACGGCCGAAGCAUGGUUUCAGGCUCGUGUAGAUUACUUUGCUUAA